UUUUAUCGUUAAUAAACCUAGGUUCUUGCCUGUAGGUAUUGGUGAUUCCCUGCAACUAGACACGGAAGCCUAUUAAGCGAAAGCUUCUUUUAUUCCGUCCACAACCAUUUGAACCAUUUGAACCACUUAAGUAGGGAUGUAUCCAGUAACAAUCAGGAUCAGUGUCGAACAGCCAAAAACCGGUUUAUUUUUGGGAUCUAUUUUCCUCUGCAAAAUGAUGCAUAUGAAGUCAACUAAUCAAGUAAAGGUGUUAGGUGACGACAGACUUUCUAUAUGACUAAAAUGACUAGACGACAGGUGGACUGAAGCUUUCAUGAUACAUCUGUAGAAUCCAGUUCACUGAAACGAACAAUACUGAUCCCAAUUGUAAAAUCUCAGGGAAAAUCAGUUUUCGCAGUCUCAUUGAGGACUAUUAAAAAGCGAUACUAACAGUAUUAUGUGAACAAAUAUACAUAUUCGAGCAUAUUGGACACUUUCGAUGAUAAGAAUUUGUAUUGGAGCGUAACGGUGUGAUUAUCACAUGAGUCGUUUCUUGCGGCUCCAUCGCACUUGUUUCUCCUUUAGUUUUGUGGUUCCUUAGUAUCAGGCUAGUAAGAAGACGUAUAAAUCGACUUUCGAUGCCUGCAUCGAUCGAAAAUACCAAAGAUUGGACUCAGGAAGAUCAACGUCAAAAAAUUAAUGAACUUAACGAUAAUGUGGUGGAUAUUACGGGUUAUUCGAUAUCAUACGUACGGACCAUCUUUAUGUACAUUGGCAUCGUUUUAACUUGUGGACUGCUGAGACUAGUGUUUCACUGGUUCCCUCAUUGGAUGCUGAUAUGCAUGAAUAAGGAAUGCGCUUUAAUAAAAGCCGAGAAGAUACUUGUCAAAGAUGUCCACGGUGUUCGCUACAUACAUGACGUGGUUGUUGAAGUAAUUGGAACAACAAACAGUUGUACUAAGCACUCGUACGUUCAGAAAUCUGCCUCUUUCAUGCUGUCGCAAGUGUCAUGUUCUGAAAAUGAUGGCAAUAUGAUGUGUUACUUUGUUCACAAAUGUUUAAAGUAUGUAUGGGACAGCAAGACUAAUCGUUUUGAGCUCCCAAGGGGUUGGCAUGAAACUACAUAUGAAGAAAUUUUGGAUUCUAAGCCUUUGAAUAACGAAACGGUCCUUAUGAAUCGUGCGUUGUAUGGAUCGAAUGAAAUAAGUAUCAGUCUUACUUCAAUUUUCAGGCUACUACUUGAUGAGUGCUUGAAUCCAUUCUACUGUUUCCAAAUAUUCAGUUGUAUUUUGUGGUAUUCUGAUGAGUACUGGAUGUACGCUACUUGUAUUGUUGUUAUUUCAAUUAUGUCACUAUCAUGGCAAGUUUAUGAACUACGUAGAAACGAAAGGACUCUUAAAGAAACUAUGUGUAUAUCCUCUUCUGCAAUCGUUUAUCGAGAGGAAGAUGGGGUUAAAGAAUUCAAAGAAGUGGAUUCCAUUUCGUUAGUUCCCGGUGAUAUAAUUGAAAUUCCACGAAACGGAUGUCUGGUUCAAUGUGAUGCCAUCUUACUAACAGGAAACUGUAUAGUAAAUGAAAGUACAUUGACCGGUGAAAGUGUUCCAGUUACCAAAAUUCCCUUACCCGAUUCACCAUCAAAGGGUACGUUAUUCGAUAUCAAAGUUCAUGGUCGGCAUAUUUUAUUUGCUGGUACAACUGUUAUUCAAACGAGAAAUUAUGCAGAUGAGCGAGUUCUGGCUGUUGUUGCACGCACUGGCUUUUACACUGUCAAGGGUGAGCUUGUACGGUCAAUUCUGUUUCCGAAACCUCUAAAAUUCAAAUUCACCCAAGAUUCCUUCCGGUUUAUUUUUGCUUUGUCUAUUCUUGCUGUGAUUGGUUUGGGAGUUUCGAUCUAUUUAAUGAUCAGAGCUAACGUUGGUGUUGGUGACAUUAUCCAUCGAGCGUUAGAUUUAGUUACUGUUGUGGUACCACCAGCCUUACCUGUUGUAAUGACAGUAGGCGUUGUUCUGGCUCAACGACGCUUACUAUCGCAUGGAAUAUUUUGUGUCAAUUCAACCGUGAUCAAUGUUUGUGGAGUUAUCAAUGUAGCUUGCUUUGAUAAAACGGGUACUUUAACAGAAGAUGGUUUGGAUAUGUGGGGUAUUAUUCCUUAUGAAGAUGGUUUAUUUGGAGAUCCGGAAUUAGAACCAUCAGAGUUGGAUAAUGGCCCUCUAAUGGAAUGUUUAGCGACUUGUCAUUCAUUGACAUUGAUUGAAGGCGUUCUGUCUGGAGAUCCUCUGGACUUAAAGAUGUUCCAGUCAACUAAAUGGGAACUCAUUGAAGAAGCUGCUGAUCACUGUAAAUUUGAAAUGGCUGUCCAUACUAUCGUACGUCCAUUGAGUGAAACCAGUUUGACGGAAAAGAUUUCUGGAAAAUUCAAUGGUGAUGACAUUCCAUAUGAAGUGGGUAUCUUACGUCAAUUUCCAUUCAGUUCUUCAUUACAACGUAUGUCUGUGAUUACUCGUGCUCUCAAUCAAAAUCAUUUCAACAUCUAUACUAAAGGUGCACCUGAAACUAUUGAAUUAUUGUGCAGAUGUGAUACUAUUCCUAGAGAUUUCCAUUCUACUCUGUUGGAAUACACACGUGAAGGUUAUCGAGUUUUAGCGUUAGCUUGGAAACCAUUGAAAGCAACCUAUACAAAAGUUUUGCACGUAUCUAGGGAGUGUGUUGAACAGAAUUUACGAUUUCUUGGUCUACUGAUCAUGGAGAACCGUUUGAAACCGGAAACAACUCAAGUGAUUAAAACUUUAAGAUAUGCCAAUAUUCGACCUGUAAUGGUGACUGGUGAUAAUAUGUUGACUGCAUUGUCAGUAGCUCGAGAUUGCGAGAUGAUCGAUGAACUGGAUCGUAUUAUUCUUGUGUCUGCAAAACCACCACCAUUUCCUCCUCAUGUUCAGUCAUCUAGUCCGAAUGAUUCUGUGACUUGUUCUACCAAAGUUGAUCUACCAAGUGAUCAACAACACAGUCAUACUUCUUCGAAUCAUAUUAGUUUACCAUUUGUUUCGUUGACACAGUCACAAGGAACAAGAAGCAACAAUAGACCACGUACACAUUCAAGUUUUAAUGCAGCAAAUUGUGUAUUUGAGGAAAACUUCUUCAAUCAACAAUACGAUUCAUUAGUUGAAUUUCAUUAUGCUGAAGAUUUACACAAACCAGUCACUGAAGUGACAGCUACAACUGAAACAGGAACAACGAGAAAAUCUCAUAGACCUCAGCCUGUUAAUAAUACUUCGACUGAAACUGAUGUUGAUCCGCACACGUUCUCUGUAAGGAGUGGUAGGAAAUCUCGAAAACUGAUGCAUCGCUUAUGUGAAGAUGUUCCAUGUGUUUCACGGGGAUGUGAACAGCAUUCCUCAACGUCUUCAAGUCCACUGAUAGAUAUAACUUCGGUGCUUAAUGUUUCAAUGAAUGGUCACCUUCAUUCUUCUUCAUCCGAUCAACGACAACUUCACCACUAUGGAAUAGGAAACAGUGGAUGUUAUUUGAAAGAUGAUCUGCAUUCGGUAUCAAUUCGUCUUUUGAAUCCCACUCAUUCUGUAUCUAUAAAGAUGCUCGAUCGACCUGAUUUCCACCUGGCUAUGUCUGGUAAAACAUGGGCUAUCAUACGAGAAUAUUAUCCCUGGCUUAUACCAAAGCUUGUAGUCAAAGGUACCGUGUUUGCUCGUUUUCGUCCGGAACAAAAAGCUCAACUGAUUGAAUCACUUCAAUCAGUUGGUUAUUUUGUUUCAAUGUGUGGUGAUGGCGCUAACGAUUGUGGUGCAUUGAAAGUAGCACAUGCUGGAAUUGCAUUAAGCGAAGCUGAAGCUAGUGUUGCCAGUCCUUUCACGUCGAAGCAACAAAAUAUUACUUGUGUGCCCACACUUAUUCGUGAAGGUCGUUGCGCGUUGACUACCAGUUUUGGUGUAUUUAAAUUUAUGGUUGGUUAUUCAAUGAUUCAAUUUUUCUCUGUUAUACUUCUAUAUUAUGUUAGCAGUAAUAUUUCUGACCUGCAAUAUAUGUUUAUCGACUUCUUUGUCAUCACCACUUUGGGUAUCACGUUUGGUUAUACUUCGGCGUAUCCUCGUCUCUCGGUGGAACCUCCUGGGAUGCGACUAGUGUCAACUGUGACCUUGUUAUCAUUGGGUUUGCAGUUACUCACUUGUGGUCUUGUACAAUUUGCAGUCUUUGUGUUUACUCGACUACAACCAUGGUAUUUACCACUGUUUACUUAUCAUGAAGAUUAUGAAUUAAAAAAUUACGAAAAUACGGCCAUAUUCUCCGUAUCUGUCUAUCAAUAUAUUAUAUUGGCUGUUGUAUUCUCUAAAUCUGCACCAUAUCGUCGGUCAAUUUUUUCUAAUCAUUUAUUCGUUGUCAUCCUUAUUGCAUGUAUUGCCGGAUCACUAUACUUAACAUCUCAUCCAGCUCGUGUGGUUCGAAGAUUUUUCGAUGUAAGAUUUCGGUGAUCUUAUUUGAGGACGAAGCACUGUGUCACAGUUAUUCUUAUUAGGUCGCAGACUGAUUAUAUUGAUUUUCAUUGAUUAACAAUAUACUGGCCAUUCUAUUUUUUAAACUAUACGCAUUCUCCGCGAGACCUGGAGUGAGGAUCGUGGUUUAGAUUCCCGGAGUGUUUAUCGGUACGAACUUUUGAGAUGUCCUCUACGUGGCUGAAACGGCUAUCGAAUGCCUCCUGGUUUUCAGUGAUACUCCAACCAAAGUCGAUUUGUGACGAAUGCAAUAUGUAAAAGAAGUGGUUUUCUGCUUCAUUGUUUUCAUAUAUUUCUAGGUUACCACAGUUUUAUUUUGUUAUCCUUUUGUUUAUUGAUGCAAAGCUUAAUCCAUUUUCUAUGGAAUUUUGUCCUAACAAUUCUUAACCACAAUUAUUCCGUUUUUUCCCAAUGAGUGAAUGAAUGAUUGUCUGUUGGACAUAGCUGGCAAACAUUCUUCUGAUUGUUUAAUUUGAGCAAAAGUGUGUAUUUCUAACUGAUGUAUAGAGCUAGAGUUCCAUUGGCAUCAUCAUUAAUGGUGUUAUAUUGCGGAUGAAACUAACUACACCUUUUCCACCACUGACUUCCUAGUAUUUGUUGUGCAAAUGGUUUGAGUGUCAUUACUAGACAGGAGACUCUUCUGAAAGACAUUGCACAAAAGGGUUGGACAGUUUUCUGAAUAUUUGUUUACAUUUCUGAUAAAUUCUUUGGGUUGUAUGUGAUGGUUUUGUUCUUGUUAUUUUAUUUCCAGCUGUGUCGUUUUCCUUCAGUUUAUUUUGUAAUAAUUCUUCAUGGAAUAGUAUUGGGGAAUUUACUAUUUGGAUAUAUUUUGGAAUCGAUCGUUGAUGGUGUUUCGUUUCGACAACGAAUACGUCAUAUUCAACAUGCUUUAUUUCCCAGACAUGUUUCACGUAAAGACUAUGAACACAUUCGUGAUGAAAUAGAUAGAUUAGCUGGAGUGUGGCCACCAAUUAUACGAUCUGCUAGUGUACAAGCGUUACCAAGUGAGGUGUUCAAUGAAAGUUAUGUUGUUGGACAAAUUGCACAAACAUCAAGAAAACGCUAUAACUCAAGACUUUCAACUGACAGUGAAUCUGAUGAAGAUUGUAUUCCAGUUACUUCUGAGAAGAACGCUGUCCUGUGUAAUAGUUCACGCGAUAAUAAUAUUAUUCAUGAAGAAGUACAAUUACAUUACAAUGCUCAAUCUCCAUUUCAACCGUCUUGUGUUUUUGAUACUGUACCGAAAAGUGCUAUGGAAAAGUCAUUUAACAAGAAACGGACACGUUCUACUAGCAGCCAUAAUCGCCAUUCAUUUAACACUACGAGAAGCCUUGAAAGCAUAGGUAUCAAACGCAAUAUUUCUAAAGAAAACAUUCCUAGAGAAGAAACUCCUGUAGCGCAUCGAAAACUGGAGGCUGGAGUUAGGACUCCGACUCCACGAGCUGAACGUAUUCGAUCACAGAGUGGACCAAAACCACUUGGUGCAAAUCCCGUAGACCUUCAGUUAGACCCAUUCCAAUCAGCUGCUUACUACUGAUAGGAUAAGUUUGUCGGGGGUUUUACGUUGUUAGUCUUUCGAUGUAUAAUAUUUAUUGUUAUCAUCAGUAUGUGAUUUCAAAUCAAUGACUGUAUUUUCUACUAUAUCGCUUGCUUUUUUUCCCGUCCCUAAUUCCGAUGGUUCAUCUUCUUCCAACUUUUACGUUAAACUGUGAAAAAUUUUCUGUCAGGUCACGCUUUGUCUCUCUGUGUGUGUUAUAAUAGGAAGAAUUGUAACCAGAAACAUGUAAUUCAUCCAUCUCAAUUUUCAUCAAAUUAUUGACUAUCGUUUUACUUAAUAGAGCAGAACUAUCACGAUUUUACAGACAGAGAACAAAAGAUCUUUCAUCAUCGAUAAUUUUCUCGUUUACGAAUGUUGUUUUCAUUUUAUGUCUCGACUCAUGCGGUCUAUCAGUAAUCCCAUUAUUAUAUUCACUCACUCGAGUGAAAUUCUUGCUUGCAUAAAGUAACAUUCACAGAAAACAAACUGUCAAAUUGAGUAGACCGUACUAUCACAUAUUUUGUGAUUUAAGCCUCAAGUAGGUAAGAAUGAUCUCAUUUCUGUUUGACCCAUGAUUCCCAUGAGUUACAUUUAUGUACAUUUCGAGAGGGUUCAGGGAAUUCACAGUUUCCCCCUUACUAUGUGAUCUUGCAAAUUAUCUGUGUUUUAUGCUAUUUUAUGCUUUAUUUCGAUGCGUAUGUUACAUUCAGUUGUUAGAUUUUUUCUUUCGUUUUUCUCUUUGUCUAUAAAAUCAAAGUGAUAUUUUUGUUUGAGCACCAAUGUGAUGAUACAUUGUUCAUAAUCAUAAAAAUAUUUAAUUUGAUUGUUUUAGUAUAAUUAGUAGUGCUAUUAUUUUGCUAGGUGAUGAGUUGUAGAAUUUAGUAGUAUUUCUGAUUUGAAAGAAACAGAUAAUGAUGAACUGAGUGUGCCCCAAUUAAUUGUGCAUGCAACUCACACUUAUGUCCUUAACGAAACUUUCUUCACACCUGACCCCUACUGACUGCUUAGUCGUUUCAAAGGCAUUGUAUUUUCGCUGGACUUUUCGACCUUUUAAAUAAACCAAUCCACCAUCGAAAACUAAAUGUUGUGGUUUAGCC